AUGUUGCAAUGGAUGGGAGGAUCAAGGCGGAAAGUUAAUGCUUCGAGGAUGUCUACACAGAAGAGGCAGAAGCAAUAUUUUGAACAAAGGAGGCGUCAGCAACAAAAUGUUCAGAUGAAUGGGUUAGAUAACCAUGCUGAAAGCUCGGGCAUAGAUGGACAAAUCCACAAAGAGCAUCAGUCUCUGGACAUUCGUAAUUUGCUAAACUUAUCAAAAAAUGCACAGGAAUGCAAUUAUGUCGGUCAUAAAGUGAAAGGGAGGGACGAAGGAGACGUCUUUUCUGCGAUGCAAGGCAGUGUCUCAAGAAAUCAGCCAAGAAUAUCCGCCAAAGAGGAGAACACUGUAAAUGCUUGCGGAUUUGAAGAAGAAAAAGCAGGAGCACCUUUAUGCGGCCAGAAUAAAACUUCACCAAAAAAGGUUUUAUCAAGUGCUCCUGAUCACCAGAGUACUGCUUUUGAUGGACCACCAAGCCAUUGGAAGACAGCAACCAAUCCAUACCCAGAGUUAUCUGUCAUUGAUUUGCUUUGUGAUGAUGAGCUUAAUCCCACUGUGGAAAAGUCUCCAACCUGUGAAGAUCAUGUUUCUUUUUCACUUCAAGGUUUGGGUAAAGUUGGAACAGAGACACCUGUUCAUUCGCCGCAACAAAUGGCUAGAAAUCCAUAUAGAAACUCUCCAUUUCUGAAGGAUGGAAGGAAGAAAAAGUUAAAGAAUCUUAGCCACGUGUUGGAUGACAUUGAACUUGAAGUGGAUGCAAUGAUGCAAGAUAUUGGGGUUUCACCAAUCAGUUCAAGCUUCCCAUCAAAAAAGUUAAAUCAAGGUUUAAAAGUUGUUGAAGACCACAGGCAUUUUUAUGACCACAUUGACAAAAAUCGCCCUUCCAUCAGUAAAGAGUUCUUCCACGAGACUGAAAAUAAUGAAAACAACGAAGACACGUGGAAUGCAUGUUCUAUCUUCCUGGACGAGAAGUUUGACGAAGCGAUAGGAUAUGAUACCUCAUAUGAGAAUACUUUUCAAAUGGAUUGUAAAUCUCCUGAACCAUUGAAAAGAGCGGCUUUCAAAAGGGAAUGUUACGGUUUUGAAGACCUCCUUCCGAAGAAAUGGCCUUCAGCAACAGCAAAGAAAGAUUUCAACAUGGGUGAGCCAUUGACUUCAUUUUCCACAGACCAAUUAGAUGAUGAUUUUAACUUCUGUGGUGCUAGUAGGACAAGAUCAUAUGGGAACUUCAAUGCGCAAAAUUUAUUUCCAGAAGAUGUACGAGACAGUUCGAGCUUGUUGAGCGGAGAGUCAAGCUCAGCCACUGCUGUGAGGGGUGAGUACGUCGUGCAUUCACCGUCAAGAUUAGUAACAGGAGAGAACAGAAGAAAACAAAGAAAGGUUUUUGCAAGCCCUAGUCAUAAGGGCAGUACUCACGAAGAGAAGAACAGAAGUCUUCCAAAUCCAUCAAAGCGAAAACCUUCUCACCGCUCAAACUUUAUUCUCGAGGAAGAAAUUGGUGCACAAAACAGCUGGCAGUUUGAGAAAAGAUAUGCUUUUGUUGAUAGGAAUUCUGUUACCACUUCAUUCUAUCAAGAACUAGAGGCAAACCUUUCAGUCUUUGGCUGCAAUACUCGAGCUGAAGAUCCUUUCCCUGUCUUUACUACCCCUGAUUACAGGGCUAGUCCUUCCUGUGGUGGAUUUAAAAAUGACGCAAGCAUGGCCGAUUCUCCUCCUUGCAGUUUCAUCUUGGAAAAGUCUGCAUUUGACAGUCCAACUCCAUUCCCGAGUUUUCAUUCCUGGCCAACCGGACCAAGUUUAUCUUCAAAUUUUCAGUUCAAAGAAAUGCCUCAAGACAAUGGUGGUUUUCAUUGUGAGACUUCAUCUACUGAUAUGUCAGGACAAGGAAGUGCGACCAAAGGGGAAAGACAAAUGAAAUUGAAAAAAGACAGACACAAUUUUUUUGAGCAAGAAGAUAUUUUUAUGGGAGAGAAUGAAAUAUCCUGUGAAAAGAAAAUGGAAGAAGAUGCUCCAACUACCGAUAAUCAUGCGCUAGAAAGUGAAGGCACAGAUAACACUAAUCCUAGGACAACAGAGUGUCAUGAAGCAGCUGUUUCUCCUGUUCACGUGGAGAUGUCCUCGUCACUGAAGAGACCUGACAAACACGGAAGUCCAGAAGAUAACAGAAAGAGCAGUUGUGAUGCUGAAACAGAAACUCCUCUUAAAUGUAAAAUUACAAAUGAAGAAAUGAAAGUUAGUCCGCCUGAAGGAAGAAACAGGGUAAACAGAAAUCAUUUUAACGAUCAAAUUUGCUUGUCUUCGGGUCAGGUGAUGUUUGAAAGCUAUGCCUUUCAUCUGCGUGUUCAGAAGGUAUUGAGGGGACCUUCUACAACAUUCAGAAGGAAUAACACCUCCCUUGGACCUGGUAGGUAUAUAAUUUCUCAUCAGAUUUAG